UGCGGGGCGGGGCGCGGGCGCCCGGGGGCGGAGGAGCCGGGAGGCGGGAGGCGGGAGGCGCCGGGGCCGUUUAAGCGGUCUCCCUCCCGCCCCCAGCCGCCCGGUCUGGCUCCGGCCCUGUCGCGACCCCCGUGCUGGCCCACUCGAGUCGUGCCCCGCCGAGCGGUCCGCGGGGCACGCGGGCGGCCUCCCGAGCAGCCCCAGCCCAUGAGGGCCGCGCGCCCGGCCGCUGGCGCUGACGAGACGGAGCUCCCGGCCCCCGAGGAGGAGCGGAGGAUCAAUGCGGUUCAAGAAUCGAUUCCAGCGGUUCAUGAACCACCGGGCUCCAGCCAAUGGCCGCUACAAACCAACUUGUUAUGAACAUGCUGCUAAUUGUUACACACAUGCAUUCCUCAUUGUUCCGGCCAUUGUGGGCAGCGCCCUCCUCCAUCGGCUAUCUGACGACUGCUGGGAGAAGAUAACAGCAUGGAUCUACGGCAUGGGCCUCUGUGCCCUCUUCAUCGUCUCCACAGUAUUUCACAUUAUAUCCUGGAAAAAGAGUCACCUCAGAACAGUGGAGCAUUGUUUUCACAUGUGUGACAGAAUGGUCAUCUAUUUCUUCAUUGCUGCUUCUUAUGCUCCAUGGUUAAAUCUCCGUGAACUUGGACCCUUGGCAUCUCAUAUGCGUUGGUUUAUCUGGCUCAUGGCAGCUGGAGGAACCAUUUAUGUAUUUCUCUACCAUGAAAAGUAUAAGGUGGUUGAGCUCUUUUUCUAUCUCACAAUGGGGUUUUCGCCAGCCCUGGUGGUGACAUCAAUGAAUAACACCGAUGGACUUUACGAACUUGCCUUUGGGGGCUUAAUUUAUUGCGUGGGAGUUGUGUUCUUCAAGAGUGAUGGCAUCAUUCCAUUUGCCCAUGCCAUCUGGCACCUGUUUGUGGCCACGGCAGCUGCGGUGCAUUACUAUGCCAUUUGGAAAUAUCUUUACCGAAGUCCUGCAGAUUUUAUGCGACAUUUAUGACCAAUUUGUACUAGGUCUCCAAACCAGUAUUAUUUUAAUUAUGGCACUUGGGAGUCGGGUAAGACCUGAACAUUGCACAGAGGGAAAAAAAAAAAAGAAGAUACUGCACUGACUUUAUCUUUAUAUCUUUUGACUAUAUUUACUGUGAAAGUCUAAAAGCUGUGUUCUGGAAUUCUUCCCCUCACAGCAGAUAAAUAAGGUAGUGAAUUAAUUCUUCAUUCCAUUCCACUAUCAUGAAGGACUCUGCAUAGACUUGGCCAACUGAUGUUUACAAACCCGGAUUUUGUAUUUUCAUUUUACAGAUUUUACUACAUGAUUUUUCUAAAUUACUAGGGCAGGUUGUAAAAGUCAGUGCAAUUACCAAGCUUCCUUUUUAAGAGAAAUUGUUUCUAUCACUUUUCCCAUCAGCUAUGUAAAGAAUCAUGAACAGAACUUACACUACCUUUACCAUGUUUCAUCUUGGCAUAACAUGGUUAUUUUUUAAAUAGAAACUUUAGUUUUUGUAAAUUUUUAAGAAAUAUUUCAUUGAAGUGCAUCUCUGCAGUUCCUCAUUCAUGUGAAUUUUUGCAGAAAAUUUUCAACAUUCCACAAACAAACAUUAUACCUCUUCUGGUCGUUUUAUUAAGCAUGGAGAGAAAUUGCCAAUUUUUAAAAA